AUGCUGAUCAAUCAAACCGGUAGAGCGAAUAGUCGGCGUACAGCACGAACUAAUCAUGAUUCUACAUCAAUAAAAAAAACUAAAAAGCAACGAAAAGAUUUAUCAAAUCGACGUAAAUUACGUAGUUCAAAUGCUGAUUCAUUAGAAACUAAAAGUCAACGACGACAAACAAUACCAAUGAAAAAAGAACGAAAAAAACGAACGAAAAAAACGAUGAACAAUCACGAAGAAGAAGAAGAAGAAAUAACUAUCACACAAAUUAAAAAUAAUAAUCACAAUAAUGAAAUUUCAGAUGCAAUGAAUACUGAUAUCGGAAUAAAACAAGAAGAUGAACUAGUUAAUAAUUGUCUAUUACUUGAUUCAUCAUCGUUAUCUCAUUCAAUGUUUGAUUCUGUCAUUGAUCAUAAUCAAUUUUGGCAUCGUAAUCAAAUCGUAACACCAACAGGAUAUUAUCUACCAGCCAGUUCUUCACCCUAUGAUCAUCAAUCAAACACUAGUUAUCAUCUAUCAACAAGUGAUAUUGAUAAUUCAAAUUCAUCCAUCCACGAUAAUACAAUAAAAUUAACAAAUAAUAAUAGUUGUGGGCAAUCAAGAAAAGAUAAAUCACUUGGUUUACUCUGUCAGAGAUUCAUUUCAAUGUAUCCACCGAACGUUCAUCCUGGUGAAAUGAUUGUUAUUUGUCUCGAUAAAAUGGCUCGGGUUCUUGAAACCAAACGACGAAGAAUCUACGAUAUUGUUAAUGUUCUGGAAUCCGUUGAAACAAUGAGUAGAAUCGCAAAAAAUCAAUAUCAAUGGCAUGGACUCGGAAAUCUAGGCCAUACAUUAUCAAAACUUAAGACAUUAGCAUAUAAAUCUGGUUUUGUUGAAUUUGCUCGUUCAAUUCGUGAACAAAUCGAUCAAAUGGUUCUUUCCGGUCAACUAAAUACUGGUCAAGGAACACAGAAUGAAGCACUCAAAUGUAUACAAAUUGUUUCGACUGGUAAAAAUGUUUCAUCGUCUGAAAAUGAUGAAGUCGCUCGCGAAGAAAAAGCAUUGGGUAUAAUGGCACAAAAAUUUCUCAUGCUGUUUCUUACAUCUGAUGAUCGAAUUGUCAAUAUUAUCUUUGCGGCUAAAGUAUUAUUGGGCGAUUCAAAAAAUGAAAUAACUGAAUUUGGUCGUUAUAAGACAAAAGUUCGACGAUUGUAUGAUAUUGCAAAUGUUUUAUCAACAAUUAAUUUAAUAACGAAAGUAACCGAUCCUAGUUAUCGUGGUCCUCGACCUGCUUUUCAAUAUAUUGGACCGCGUACAGAAAUUAUUCAUCACGCAGAGAAUGUUGUUGAUUUUAUCAACUCAGAAAAUACAAAAUCAAAUUCAAAACAUUCAUUAUUUGAUCAUUUUAAACGAAAUCUAUUUCUUAAUUGUACUAUACCAAGAUUUGAUCCAAGAAAUGGUCUGCUAGGUCUUAAAAGUGCAUUGGAUAUGAAUGGUCGAAGUAGUUCAGGCGUUACAGUUACUGGAGUUUAUUCAAAUACAAUUGGUGAAGUAACUUUCAUGCCGGAUGAUGAUAUUCAACAUGCAACAAGUAGUGAAAACUCACUGACAACACAUAAUUCAGCAUCCUACAUUCCUGAAUCAAAAAAAAGAAAAUAUUCAAAAUAUAACGAUAUUGAUAAUCAAUAUAGAAGCAUCCUUGUUCCAUCCAUCGGAUUUGGUAAUACAUCAACGAUGAAUCCCAUACAGCAAACAUCUCAUCCUACUUAUCUUCAAUUUACUACUCCACAUGACUCAUCAACUACAUUUAAUUCUUCAAAUCUUCUAACAUAUAAUUCUCAUCAAACAUGGUCAUCAAAUGAUGAUAAUUCCAAUAGUUCAUUAGUAAAUAAAACAACUCGACGUCGUAAUCAAACAGUAGUUAACAAUGGUCCAAAACGACCUGUCGGGCGACCACCAAAAAAGCUUCAACAACAACAACAACAACAACAACAACAGCAAAAAAAUGAUGAAAUAUUUAUUCAACCAUCAGAAUCCAAUUCAUUAAUUGAACAAACAACACCGUGCGAACAACAAUUAACUAUGAAAUGUCAUCCACAAGAUCUACAAGAUAUCAAUGUUGAUAUACUAACAUAUCAAAUGCGAAGUGUUCUACCAUCAAUAAGUAAUUCUGUAAAUCUACAGAAUUCAUUAUUUAAACAAGAAGAUAUUUUAUCGCCGAUAAAUACAUUUCACUACGAUAAUGAUGAUCUUAUUGAAACCAAUACUCUGCCAAGUAUUAAUUCAUUUAUGAACAAAAAAUAUCUUCUUUAA